GUGGCUGUAGAGCCAGACCACUCCAUACUUUCCUGCCAAGGGUCAAUCGAAAAAGGAUGCUGGCCCCUCACCCUUACAGUCACUCGGCCAAUGAAAGUGCUCUAUUUUGAUGGAAGCAGCGGUGCGAAACUCCUUGAGGGCACCAUGGACACCCAAGAUCUCGUGGCAUGGUCGGGAAUGAAACCUGAGUGGGUGAAAAAUGAAGAGCAGCGCAUAAAGGAUCUAUGUAAACGGGGUCAGAAAUAUGGGAUGAAUGGCUUUGUGAGGAUGCAAGUGAAUUUGUGCGAACUCAUAUGUAGCUCCUUGGCAAUUUUUUGUUAACAACAUUCAUAGUGAGAUUAUGAUCUGC